AUGUCACUCGCUCUCGUUAUAAAGCUGAGAGGUGUGUGUGCCGUGGAAGUCGUUACAUUCGAGCCUGACACAGCUGUCGCCCCAUCGGAGGGAGGUCUUCUGCGAAGGGCUGUUCCUGGUUCUAAAGCUUACGCGCCCGUCGCCCGCCGCUGGCCGCUCGCCGCUCGUCGCUCGCCCGAGAGCCGCGAUCGAUCCCCUGACGUCAUUGGUCGCCUCCGACCUCCACGGCGCAUGCCUCUAGCCACCCACACACCCACUCACCCACUCGACAUCCACCGACGCCGAUAA